AUGGACCACACAAACGACAAUGAGGACUUCCCGCUCGAUCUCGCUCAAGAUUUAUUGGAAGAAGAUGCAAUCCCGGACUUGGGUGAACGUCUCGACCUCCGUACAGCCCGCCCACAAUUCAUGUCGAGAUUGAAUUUCAGUCUUGCCGUUCAGGAUAUACUGUCGUCGUUGCGCAAUCAAUGUGCCGAACAUGCUACGAGGCUCAAUGUAAAGCCUCAAACGCUUUUCCAUUCUGUCCUAAACAUAACUGAGAAGGAAAAAAAGAAUCGGAAGUUAACUGCUUGGCAAGCAAUGGUACACGUUACUCGGGAAGACCUUAAACGUUCAGCUACGUCGACUGCUUCUUCACUGGCGGGACAUGACUUGGAUACAAAUAUUCCCACUCCACCACGGGAGUCUUUCGUCAAUGCCAUUCUAGAGGCCAAAAAAAGGAAACAGCAGGGUUACUGGACAGAGGAUUACAUCGAAAAAGUCCGACAAGAUCUGGAAUCGCGACGGGCAGGACGCAAGACGACCUCGACCACAGCCCCCCCUUGUACCACUGAUGCCAGACGCUGUCUGUUGCUUAUGCCGGUCGAUGCCGAUCACCCAUUUGUGCCGCAAUACAUCGUCCAAAGUCCAUAUCUAGGAGCGGUGCUAUGGAAACGAUGGGGACUGGGCGGAGGAGACAUGGCGGGAACCUAUGGCGUUCUCAGCGGAAUCCAAGCUGCCAUCCAGGAAGCCCGUGCGCGACGAAGAUCCAAGUUGACAGUCAAGGAGCAGCUUAACGCCAUGCUACCUCCCAGUGCCAAGGUGACGCAGGUGCCAUGGGCCAACAUGCCUUUAGUCUGCCUCCGACAUUCCCUUUGGUGGGAAGGCAUUGACGCCAACUUCCGGUGGGAAGGCGUACGAUUGACAUCGAAACAAGAGAUCGAGACGCUGGGCGCAGCGUAUGUCAAGGGUAAACUUCGUUUGCGCCGACUAGAAAACUAUUCUGAACAGCAACAAACAAAUAUGAGGGCCCUUUUGACGCAAUUAGUGUUACAAGGGUGUUCGGAAAAAGCCAAGAAGCGGGAAUGGGGCGAUAGUCCACCCAACUUCUCACAAACAGAAUUAAAUAGGUUGAUUAUUCUUGUGCCCGGGGCAGCCGAGCUGCAGUGA